AUGCUCGGGCCAAUCUGCCAACCAUUAACAGCGAAAGACUUCCGUAUCUCAGAGGAAGUAAUGAUCCUAGCAACCAGCCUAUUCAUGCUAGGCUUCGCCUUUGGCCCAAUAAUCUUCGGUCCACUUUCCAAAUUAUACGGGCGGAAGCGACCGAUGUUCCUGGGCAUGUUUGUCUUUGCAAUCUUCCAUCCUCGUCGCAGUAGCCCGGAACCUCCAGGCAAUCUUCAUAUGUCGCUUUCUGGGUGGGGUACUUGCCAGUGCGCCUCUUGCCAUUGUGUGUCUUCCUCUUUUGGCAUCCCGUUGAGAAUGCUGUUACUAACUAGCGUGGUCUGGGGUAGGUGUCGGAGUGCGGCACUGCCAUUUCCAUCUUCGCCGCUAGCUCCUUUUGUCGGGCCUGUUGCUGGUCCAAUCACUGGUAGUUUCAUCACACUGUUCUUGGCGUGGCGCUGGACGGUGUAUAUCACUGCGACCUGGGCGUUUGCGUUCUCGACCAUUGGCUUCCUAACCAUUCCGGAGACAUUUAAGGUGACUUUGCUCUCGCAGCACGCCAAGUGCCAGCGCACAAAGACCAAGAACUGGGCCUUCCAUGCCAAGGCGGAGGAGAGCGUUAUUAGUACGCGAGAUAUUGAGUUCCGCUAUCUAUUUCGGCCUUUUCAGAUGCUCUUCCAGGAGCCAAUUCUUCUUCUGGUCACGCUGUAUGUUGGGAUCAUCUAUGGAUUUCUGUAUAUCUGCUUCGUAGCCUAUCCAAUCUCGUUCCAGUAUGAUCGCGGCUGGCAGGAAGGAGUUGCGGCAUUGGCUUUCGUGGCUAUCAUUUGUGGUGUUGCUGUGGCGUGUCUGAUCAUCGUGUUAUUUUCCUUGACACGGCAUCGAAGUACCUUGUCUGCACUGGACGAGUCGAUACCGAGGAACGGUUAA